GAGAAAUUAAGACACGCAUCCAAUCAAUAUAUAUAUAUAUAUAUAUAAAAGAAAAAUCAAACUACCUUACUCUUUCUUUUUGGAGUUAGUAAAUUAACCAACCUGCAGCUUGUGUCUGUCUUAUUAAUUUCUAUCAAAUAUAUCCAACCCAGCAUUAAUUAGUUUAAUUAUUAUAUUUGUUUAUUUGAUCGAUCAUAUCGUCUGAGAUGGAGUUCAACACCUCAAAACCCGACUCCUCCUCGCCGUCGUCGUCGUCAUCAAAGAGCAAAAAGAAGCAACAACAGCAGCAGCAGCAGCAGCAGCAGGACACAACAGUAAGGUUUCUGGGAGUGAGAAGAAGGCCAUGGGGCAGAUACGCAGCGGAAAUCAGAGACCCUUCCACAAAAGAGAGGCAUUGGCUGGGCACUUUUGACACUGCCGAGGAGGCUGCCUUGGCCUACGACCGAGCCGCCCGAACCAUGCGCGGUUCCAAGGCUCGCACCAACUUCGUAUACUCUGACAUGCCUCACGGCUCCUCUGUCACUUCCAUUAUCUCACCCGACGAAGCUGCUCGCGAAAUGUCCCACCUCUUCUCUGCUCCCCCACCACCCCAACUACCUCCCCAAGUACCCUCCCAACUACCCCAUAGCCAUAGCCAUAGCCAUAGCCACAGCAGCAGCCAGCUCAUGUUCUCCCAGGACCCCUUUGAUGCUUUCUUAUUUGGUGGUGGCGGUGGCAGAUGGCCGGUUCACGAUCAGGAUGAGGGUUCUGUAGCUGCAGGGAGCGAUCAUCAAUUUCACCUUCCCAUUACCACUAUUAAUGGCUCUCACUCUCACUCUCACUCUCAGCAAAUGCAAAUGCUAAUGGCCGAUGAAACAGAGUUGCCACCUUUGCCUCCAUGCGUUUCCACGGCUUGUUAUGCAGGAUCUGAAUCUGAUCAUCAUGGACUCAUCAUGGAUGACUCCCACAUCAAUAUGAAUAUGAACAUGAAUAUGAAUUUGGGUCGACAAGUUUGGAACAACGAUACCACCAGUACCACUACCAGUCUUUAUGGGUUUCCUCACACAACAACAACAACAACAACAGCAACUACAAAUGGGCUUGUUGAAUCUCAACUAAGCAGGCCUUAUUUGGGCUUCGACUCCAAGGACAAUGUGCACCAGAGCCCCUUGUUUUCGGAUACGGGUUUCGAUGCUUAUGAAUUUGAUUUGGGUUCUUCAUCGUCUGCUUACUUUUAUUGA